AACUGUGAACGGCUCAUUUUUGCGUCAAAAGUGAGCUCCAAUUGGAUUUUUAUAAUUCCAAUACCGUUUGUCCACAAUUGGGAAUUGGGAAAAAUCCCAUACCGCUUGUACGCAACGGCAAAUACCGAAUUGGGAAUUAAUAGGUUUCAGUUUCAAAUUUCGGUGGGCGCGUCGGGUCUUGAACUUAAACAAAAAAUGCAGUGAAAAGGCUUUAAAUAAUUGCAAAAACCACACAAAAUGGCUACUCAAAAGCCUGGCGAGUGGGCCAGUGCCCUGCUGGCGCGCUUCGAGGAUCAGCUGCCGAACCGUAUCGGUGCUUAUGGGACACAGGCACGUAUGAGCCAGGACCAACUGGUGGCAUGCCUCAUCCACAUAUCGCGCUACCGCUUUUCGCUGGUCAUCUCUGGCCUCACAAAAAUGCUGCAGCGCGUCAACGAGGCUGCACUGCAAAACCGAUAUGAGCCAGAACGUUGCUAUUUCGAAUCUCUGGUCAUUAUACUGACCACCCUCGAGCGAUGUCUGACCAAUCAGACCAAGGAUACGGCCCGCUUUGAGGAGGCCAUGAAUGUGAAGCUGCUGCUGCGUGAAAUCUCACAAUUUGUGGAUGUGCAGAGCGACAGUAAUCCGAAUGCGGCACAGUUAAAGGCGCUGGCCUCCAAGGUGCUGUUUGCGCUGUCCCAAAAUCAUUUCUCGGCUGUUUUCAAUCGCAUCUCGGCAAGGAUUCAGGAGCUGACAUCGUGCUCGGAGGAGAACCCCGAUUACAAUGACAUCGAAUUGAUACAACACAUCGAUAUGGAUAUGGUUAAGCUUACCAAGCUGCUACAAGAAACCAUCACAAAGUUCCGCUCUAAGCGCGCUCCACCUUUGAUUUUACUCUACUCCCUGGAGAAGGCCAUUUGGAACUGGAUUGAAUACCAUCCACAGGAGUUCCAGGACCUGCAGCGUGGCACCAAUCGAGAUAUAUCCACCUGCUGGGAGCCACUGCUGGACUUUGUCGAGUAUUUCAAGACCGAAAACAAGAAGAGCAAGACCAUGGUCUGGCCUUUGCAAAUGCUGCUGUUGAUAUUGAAUCCCUCCAGCCUGGAGGCCACCGUCAACGAGCUGCAGCAGUCGGAGAAGGAGAAAGAGAAGGAAAAGGUGCCCUCAAAGUCCACACAGUCGGCAUCGCGGGACAAGGACAAGGACUUUUCGGCCAGGCAGUUUAUUGAGAGCAUCAAGCGUGGCCUGGGCCAGCAUUCGCCAUCGAAACAGGUCACCGAAUCCUCAGCGAUUGCCUGUGUGAAGCUGUGCAAGGCCUCCACAUACAUCAAUAUAACGGAUUCCAACAAUGUGGUCUUUAAGCUGGUGCAAUACUUCAUCAAUGAUCUGAAGGCGUUGCUGUUUAACCCAGCCAAACCGUUCUCCCGCGGUCAGGGCUAUAACUUUGCCGACAUCGAGCUAAUGAUCGACUGCUGGGUGUCAUGCUUCCGCAUCAGUCCGCACAACAUUGAGGCUCUUAAGGUCUGCCUGAAUCUGUCAUCGCCACAGGCAUAUCAUUUUGUAAUUGUGUGCUCGCUGCUGAGAUUGGCUCACAUCUACGUGGAUUUUCGUCUGCAAAACAAGAAUCCCUUUCGCAUUGUCAACCAGCCGCGUCUGUCCUGGUGGCCACAGACCGAAGUCGUCCACUAUCGCUCUGCGGAGCUGCGCGCUUUGUUUACGGACACCCUAAAUAAGGCCACGCAAGGGUAUAUAGCACACACGCCAUUGCGCUACAUUACCUCCCUGACGCUCAAGUCCAAGGACACGCAAAAGGGUCUUACACGUGCCGAGGAGGGACCAGCCCACAAGAUGCUCUUGCUGCUGCUGGUGCGACUGAUACACGCUGAUCCCACGCUGCUGCUGAAUACCCAAGGCAAGGUGGCCCAUGAGGUACAAAGCUCUACACUAGAGCUAAUCAAUGGUUUGGUCAGUCUGGUGCAUCAAACCACCAUGCCAGAUGUGGCACAGGAGGCCAUGGAAGCCCUGCUGGCGCUGCAUGCACCCGAAAAAAUCGAAGUCUGGAAUCCCGAGGCGCCCAUCAACACCUUCUGGGACGUCAGCUCUCAGGUGCUGUUCUCCAUUUCGCAGAAGCUCAUUCAGCAUCAGAUAGCCAACUAUACGGAUGUGCUGAAGUGGCUGCGCGAGAUAUUGAUCUGCCGCAACACUUUCCUGCAGCGGCACAAGGACUAUGCCCAUGUGGGCAGUCAGAUAGCCAUCUGCAAGCAGGCGCAUAUCAAAAUGGAGGUCGUGUUCUUCAUGUAUUUGUGGAGCGUGGACUUGGAUGCAGUACUGACAUCGCUCUCCUGCUUUGGCCUGCUCUGCGAGGAGGCAGAGAUAUGCUGCAGCUCCGACGAACUGACAGUGGGCUUCAUCAUGCCCAAUUAUCACAUCUAUCAGGAGCUGGCACAGUUGUCCACUUCUGCAACGGAUACCCGCAUUUGCUUCUUUGACAACACCCAUGGCAAUGUGUUGAGUCGCCUCACACUCCAGAAACGCAUCAUGACGCUGCUGCGCAAGAUCGAGCACUGUGUCCAUGGCGUUCAGCCCGCCUGGGAGGAGACCUUUCGCAACUGGGAGGUGUCCAGCAAGGUGCUGCAAACGUAUCCCAAAUGCAAGGGCGAAGAUGGCCAGGCGGAGGUCUUCCAUCGGGGCAUGGGCAAGCGCCGGGCAAGCCAUCAGAGUUCCGAGCACGAUCUGGAGGAACAAAUCAACGAAUGGGCCAAUAUGACGUGGUUCCUGCUGGCCCUGGGCGGCGUUUGCCUGCACAAACGCUGCAGCAGCCGUCAAACUUUGCUGCAGCAGUCGCAGAAUAAUGCCUCCCUGGGCUCAUUGGCUCAACCGUCGCUCUACUCGAGCUCCACAAGCUCCGGGCAUGGUUCACUGCAUCCCAGCACUGUAUCGCUAUCGACGCUACCACCAGCCCCGCCACAGGAUGUCAGCUACUGCCCCGUGACGCAGUUCAUUGGCCAACUGCUGCGUCUGCUGGUGUGCAGCAACGAGAAGAUCGGCCUCAACAUACAGAAGAAUGUGAAGGAGCUGGUGGGCGAGGAAAUGUCCACCCAACUGUAUCCCAUACUCUUCGACCAGAUCAGGGCCAUUGUGGAGAAGUUCUUCGACCAGCAGGGCCAGGUGAAUGUCAAUGUGACGGACAUCAAUACGCAGUUUAUUGAGCACACGAUCUACAUCAUGAAGUCGAUACUGGACCCCAAGGCCAGCAAGGAUCCCAACAACGAGCAGCCCUCGCCCUCGGAGCACUUGGGUGUGACGAGCAUUGAGGGCAUGAUGCUGGGCAUUGUCCGAUAUGUCCGCCAUCUGGACAUGACCGUCUAUGCCAUUCGCGUCAAGACAAAACUCUGCCAGCUGGUGGAGGUGAUGAUGAAGCGACGCGACGAUUUAGCCUUCCGUCAGGAGAUGAAGUUCCGCAACAAACUGGUGGAGUACCUUACCGACUGGGUGAUGGGCACCUCCCAUCAGAUUGCACCGCCCAGCUCGGCGGAUGCUGCUAUAUUGACGAACACAUCGCUGAUAUUCAGGGACUUGGACCAAGCAUGCAUGGAAGCUGUCGCGGCGCUUCUACGUGGUCUUCCGUUGCAGCCAGAGGAAUCGGAUCGUGGCGAUCUAAUGGAUGCAAAGAGUGCGCUCUUUCUAAAGUAUUUCACGUUGUUCAUGAACCUCUUGAACGAUUGCAUCGACAGCUCGGAGGCGGAGAAGGAGCUGAACAACACACCGUUGCUGCCGCCACGGCCACGCAUGGCAGCCGGCAAGCUGACGGCACUGAGAAAUGCCACCAUCCAAGCCAUGUCGAAUCUGUUGGGUGCCAACAUUGAUUCUGGCUUAAUGCACUCCAUUGACCUGGGCUACAAUCCCGAUCUGCAGACGCGUGCCGCCUUCAUGGAAGUUCUCACACAAAUCCUGCAGCAGGGCACAGAGUUUGACACGCUGGCCGAGACGGUUCUGGCCGAUCGCUUCGAGCAGUUGGUGCAGCUGGUGACGAUGAUCAGCGACAAGGGAGAGCUGCCCAUUGCCAUGGCCUUGGCCAAUGUUGUGACCACCUCCCAAAUGGAUGAACUGGCACGGGUUCUGGUCACCCUAUUCGAUGCGAAGCACCUGCUGUCGCCGCUGCUGUGGAACAUGUUCUAUCGCGAAGUGGAGGUCUCCGACUGCAUGCAGACGCUCUUCCGUGGCAACUCUCUGGGCAGCAAGAUCAUGGCAUUUUGCUUUAAGAUCUAUGGCGCCAGCUAUUUGCAAAUGCUGCUGGAGCCACUCAUUCGUCCGCUGCUGGACGAACAGGAGGAGACCUGCUUUGAGGUGGAUCCAGCAAGGCUGGAGGCUGGCGAGGAUAUCGAACAGCAUCGCAACAAUUUGAUUGCACUCACGCAGAAGGUAUUCGAUGCCAUAACCAACUCAUCGGAUCGUUUUCCACCCCAGCUGCGUUCCAUGUGCCAUUGCCUGUACCAGGUGCUGAGCAAACGGUUCCCCAAUCUGCUGCAGAAUAACAUUGGAGCCGUGGGCACAGUCAUCUUUUUGCGCUUCAUAAAUCCAGCCAUAGUUUCCCCCCAGGAAUUGGGCAUUGUGGACAAGCAGGUGCACAGCUCGGCCAAGCGGGGUCUCAUGCUAAUGUCCAAGAUCCUACAGAAUAUUGCCAAUCAUGUGGAGUUCUCCAAGGAGCAGCACAUGUUGUGCUUCAACGAUUUCCUGCGCGAUCACUUCGAGGCGGGUCGCCGUUUCUUUAUACAGAUUGCCUCCGAUUGCGAGACCGUGGAUCAGACAUCGCAUAGCAUGAGCUUCAUUUCGGAUGCGAAUGUUUUGGCCCUGCAUCGACUGCUGUGGACGCAUCAGGAGAAGAUCGGCGACUAUCUGUCAAGCAGUCGCGAUCACAAGGCGGUGGGCAGGCGACCCUUUGAUAAAAUGGCCACACUGUUGGCCUAUCUGGGGCCGCCAGAGCACAAGCCCGUGGACUCGCACAUGAUGUUCAGUUCGUAUGCACGCUGGAGCUCCAUUGAUAUGUCCUCAACGAACUUUGAGGAGAUAAUGGUCAAGCAUCAGAUGCACGAGAAGGAGGAGUUCAAGACGCUCAAGUCCAUGAAUAUAUUCUACCAGGCGGGUACCAGCAAAUCGGGCUAUCCCGUCUUCUACUAUAUAGCGAGGCGAUACAAGAUUGGCGAGACAAACGGGGAUCUAUUGAUCUACCAUGUCAUACUCACACUGAAGCCCUUCUGCCACUCGCCCUUCGAGGUGGUCAUUGAUUUCACGCACACCUGUUCGGACAAUCGCUUCCGCACAGAGUUCCUGCAGAAGUGGUUCUAUGUGCUGCCCACGGUGGCCUACGAGAAUGUCCAUGCGGUGUACAUCUACAACUGCAAUUCGUGGGUGCGCGAGUAUACCAAAUUCCACGAUCGAAUUCUGGCCCCGCUCAAGGGCAAUCGCAAGCUAAUGUUCCUGGAGUCACCGAACAAGCUGACGGACUAUAUUGAUGCCGAGCAGCAGAAGCUGCCGGGUGCCACACUCUCGCUGGAUGAGGAUCUCAAGGUGUUUAGCAAUGCCCUGAAGCUGAGCCACAAGGACACCAAGGUGGCCAUUAAAGUGGGUCCCACCGCACUGCAGAUCACGUCGGCGGAAAAGACCAAAGUGCUGGCCCAUUCGGUGCUGCUGAACGAUGUCUACUAUGCCUCGGAGAUUGAGGAGGUGUGCCUGGUGGAUGACAAUCAGUUUACGCUGUCGAUAACCAAUGAAAGCGGCCAACUGAGCUUCAUCCACAAUGACUGCGACAACAUUGUCCAGGCCAUUAUACACAUACGCAACCGCUGGGAGCUGAGCCAGCCGGAUUCGGUGACAGUCCAUCAGAAGAUCAGACCGAAGGAUGUGCCGGGCACGCUGCUGAAUAUGGCACUCCUCAACCUGGGCUCUUGCGAUCCCAAUCUGAGAACAGCUGCCUACAACCUGCUGUGUGCUUUGACAGCCACAUUUGACCUGAAGAUUGAGGGGCAACUGCUGGAGACGCAGGGACUGUGCAUCCCUUCGAACAACACCAUCUUCAUCAAGUCGGUCAGCGAGAAAUUGGCCACCAAUGAGCCGCACUUGACGCUGGAGUUCCUCGAGGAAUCCAUCCAGGGCUUCCAGCGCAGCACCAUCGAGCUGAAGCAUUUAUGUUUGGAGUACAUGACGCCCUGGCUGAAGAAUCUGGUCAAGUUUUGCAAGUCCAACGACGAUGCCAAGAAGCUAAAGGUAUCCCAGAUCCUGGACAAGCUGAUCAAUCUCACCAUUGACCAGAAGGAGAUGUACCCCUCGGUGCAGGCCAAAAUCUGGGGCUCCAUUGGUCAGAUACCAGAGCUCAUCGACAUGGUUCUGGAUAAUUUCCUGCAUAAAUCGAUAACGUAUGGUCUGGGCUCACCGCAGGUGGAGAUUAUGGCCGAUACAGCCGUGGCCCUGGCCUCGGCCAACGUUCAGUUGGUGUCCAAGAAGGUAAUCACGCGCAUGUGUCGUGUCAUGGACAAAUCGUGCACGAAUCCCACUCAAUAUCUGGAGCAGCACAUGAUGUGGGAUGACAUUGCCAUACUGGGACGCUAUCUGCUCAUGUUGUCGUUCAACAACUGCUUGGAUGUGGCCACAUCGGUGCCCUAUCUAUUCCACACGAUUACGUUCUUGGUCUGCUCUGGAUCGCUGUCGAUGAGAGCCUCCACCCAUGGCCUGGUGAUCAAUAUCAUUCACUCACUGUGCACCUGCACAAAUCCCUCCUUUUCGGAGGAGGCACAGCGUGUGCUGCGACUCUCACUGGAUGAGUUCUCGCUGCCAAAAUUCUACUUACUCUUCGGCAUCAGCAAGGUCAAGUCGGCAGCAGUCACCGCCUUCCGGUCCAGCUGCCGCCAUCCCACGGACAAGUGGCUGGGCAAUGAGCGUGUCACACAGCCAUUGCCUGCAGAUCGGGAGCGUCUAUCGCUGCCCUCGCUGGAGGUCAUUACGGAUGCCCUGCUUGAGAUAAUGGAGGCCUGCAUGCGCGAUGUCCCCGACUGCGAAUGGCUGCAAACUUGGACCUCGUUGGCCCGCAGCUUUGCCUUCUGCUACAAUCCGGCCCUGCAGCCGCGUGCGCUCAUCGUCUAUGGCUGCAUCAGCAAGAGUGUGACGGAUCACGAGGUGAAGCAACUGCUGCGCAUUCUGGUCAAGGCUUUGGAGUCGUUUAAUGAUCUAAUUCUGAUCGAGGCAUUGGUCAUGUGCCUGACGCGCAUUCAGCCACUGCUGCGACCCGAAUCGCCCAUCCAUCGAGCCCUCUUUUGGGUGGCCAUAUCAGUGCUGCAACUGGACGAGAUUACCCUCUAUGGGGCUGGGCUGGCGCUGCUCGAACAGAAUCUGCACACACUCAAGUCGCAAGGAUGUUUCGACAAGAAGGAAACCAUAGCCGAGGUCAUGAUGAAGACACGCGAAAAGCUCGAGUGGCACUUCAAACAGCUGGACCAUGCCGUGGGUCUCUCAUUCCGUAGCAAUUUCCACUUUGCUCUGGUCGGACAUCUGAUAAAGGGCUUCCGUCAUCCCACACCGACCACUGUAUCGCGCACAUCACGUGUGCUGACCAUGCUGCUGGGCAUCAUAGCCAAGCCGCUGCAUCGCGACAAGUUCGAGGUGACGCCCGACAGUGUGGCCUAUCUGACAGCUCUUGUGGCUGUGUCCGAGGAAGUGCGCUCCCGCUGUCAUGUGAAGCAUGCCCUUCCCCGCUGGCCCGCCGAUCUCAGUGGCAGCGUAGAGAACGCAGAACUAUCAAAUGGAGCAGUUCAGGCUAUUGGCCAGCCCUUGUCGCGACGACAAAAGAGUUGGGACAUACUGGAUCAGUCCGCACUGCAGUUUGCACGCCAGCACAAGGUGCCUACUCUGCAGAAUGCGAGAGUUUUAUUCAAAACUCAACGCUCAUUCUCGGUGCCAACAACCAAAGAUCCGAACAAUGCAACCGGCAUCGAAGAACGUCAGGAACGCGGCUCACGCUCUUCGGUAUCCAACGAGUCGAAUGUUCUACUUGAUCCCGAAGUUCUACCCGAUUUAUCCAUACAAGCCUUGGUGCUGACUGUGCUGGCGACCUUGGUCAAGUACUCAUCGGAUGAGGGAGAAACUCGCGUAUUGUAUCAGUAUUUAGCCGAAGGAUCUGUCGUCUUUCCAAAAGUAUUUCCAGUCAUCCAUUCGUUGCUGGACCAAAAGAUCAACAAUAUAUUGUCCGUGUCGCACGAUCAGGUUGUGCUCAAUUCGGUACAGAAUAUCAUACAGAAUAUGCUGGCCAGCGAGGAUCCCUCCCAGCAGCAGUUGCACUUCUUACAGAGCUGCGGUUUUGGUGGACUUUGGCGCUUUGCUGGUCCAUUUACCAAAUAUAACAUGAUGGGUGAAUCGUCAGAGCUGUUUGUCAACUGCUUGGAGGCCAUGGUUGAGACUUGCUUGCCGGGCGAUGAAACUGCACCAGUGCCACCCUCACCGCGUCCCUACAACCUGAGCUCCAGCUUGAGCAGCCUGACCUUGGGCUCACCAACGGAUAAAGCAUUCUCAUCGGAAUCAUUAGAUUUUUAUGACAAUUGCCCGGGCAGCGCUAGCAGCCUGCGACGCGCCUCUCACAGCAAAUCACGCGCCAAACAUCGAAUUAAUGACAGUCCAUCACAUUGAAACUUCCAAAAAAAAAAAAAGAAACAAAAAGCUAAAUAACACUAAUAGUAAAAUUGCAAAUUAAUUUCAAAAUAUAUAAUUGCUAAAACAAACAUUAAAACAGCUGAAUAUUGACAGCCAAUGAAAUAUCGUCACAGCAUACACAAAAAUAUUCCAAAUAUUCCAAAAUAAAUGUAUUUUGUAGUUAUCUAAGCUUUGCCAAAAUCGAAAUCGAAACACCAAGAACGAUUGAUUGAUUGAUUGAUUGGUCCCAAAAAUGAAAAUUGUUAAACACUCGGAGAGAUGACAAAAAAAAGCCCAAAAGAUAAUGCACUACAUAUUUAUAUGUCUUAUUAGCGAAUUGAUGUUUAAAAACAUUUGAUAAUUAUAUACUUAUAUACAUAUAUAUAUACAUAACUACAUAUAUGGUACGGUACCUUAAAGCAUUUACAGCAUACAUAUUUUCGAUAAUAUUUGUGUGAAUUAAACGCACCUUACGAUUAUGUAGCGUAGUGUAGUUUUUGCCAUACCUUUUGUUGUUCCAAUACGAAACAAUGGACUUAACCAGCGCUGAAAGAGACAAGCAAGAUAGGAGAACAAAAACACCAAAAUGUUACAUUGUAACAGCAAUCAAGAUACAUACAAUAUAUAUUUAUGAUAUGCAUGCCCAGAUGAUUUUUAUAUUAUUAUCCAUAGAACUACCUAAGAACACAAUUUCCACUUGCCAAUAAUUCAUUUCAGUUUUCAGUAGCUUUUAGCGUAAACCUAACAUUAAACCUAACUAGAAAUGAAAUCAGAUUUAUCGGAUACAUCAAGAUUUUAUAUACGUGUAUAUUUUUAUUAAAAUUUGAAUUUUAUACAAGAAAAUCCAAGCUAAGAAAUAAGUAACCAAUGUUAACCAAUGUCCCCGCCCACCCUACCGCAUUGUUAACCCGCUUUUCUUUUGUCCAUCCCAAAAAUUAUGCCUACCCCUCGAUGUGUUUAUGCAAAACUUUUGUCUUAUUUUCAGCUGCAUGAAUAACAACUACAGACCCGCGCACUAGACGUACCACACUUGGCGCAAGAGUAAUGCGUUUCCUAAAUCUGUUUAAAAAGUGCUUUUAGAGACAAAAGGACAAAACCAAAACCCCUCCCACAGAAAGUCGUACAAAUACCUAUAUAGAGAGUGUUUAUAUAUAUUGAUACAAUACAUGUAUAGAAUGUCCAGAGAUAGAGAUGUCCAGAGUCCAUUAUCAGUAUAUGCGAACGGAAGAUGUGCGAGCGAUAAGAGAUAAGUGUAAAAAUGUUGUGUAUAUAUAUAUAUAUAUGUAUGUGUAUGUGUAGAAUGGAUACGGAAUGGAAAGGCCUUCACUGAAAAUGCAACCACUUGGAUGACAAUGACGAUGAAUACGAAACGGAAAUAUUUUUUACCGAAUAUCGAUUGCAUGUAUAUUUUUAAAUUUGUAAAGCACGUACACAAAGAUCACCAGUUCCUGAGAUGAAGAUAAAGACCACGGCCCAGGCCCAACGGAGUUAACCAAGCAAACAGCAAAAAAGAAAAAAAAAACGAAACAAAACAAAAAACUAUAAAAUCAAACGAAACGAACACGAGAAGAACAUAAAGCUUUAAGAAACUGGCAUGCCCUGUCGUGGCAUGUCCUCUGAAUUCUUUUGUAUUAUACGAGAAUCUCCCCGCGCUGCAAUUGUAUCAACUGGCAUUUAUUUUUAUUGUAAUUAUUAUUAUAUUGUUUUUUUUUUACUUAAGUUCAUCAUUCAUUUAAACCUACUUAUUUAUUUCACCAACAUUUAUUUGUACAAACAAACAAAAAAGGAAGUUAAACACCAAAACUAACUGAACAAAGAAAAGGGGCGCCUUUUUAACCUAUACUUAAAUCACGACCCAGCAGUCCGCUUUUAAUGCAAAUUAGUUGUAAGAACACACAAAAACCGAGUUUUAAAUCGAAAUAGAGAGUUGAUAAGCGAAUCGAAACAAGCGAAACAAAAGAACACCACUACGAAUGUUAUAAACACACUUGUACCUCUUAUUAAACAAUAAACGCAACAAUUUAGUCCGUUAAACUUACCUUCUAGCGCACAAGAAUUUGAUUUUUGUAUUUGAAUUUAUAUCUUAUUGUAUUGUAUUGUAUUGUACUAUGGCAUCGUAUUAACCAAGCGUUCAAAGCGAAUAUUUAACGAAACAAACAAAAAAAAAUCAAACAAACUAGACGAGCGACAAAGCUAACGCGUUACUUUUCAUUAACUAAUCUAUAUGUAUAUGUGUGUGUUGCUAUAUGUGUAUUUAACGAAUAUGUAUCUUUGUAUAUUACGGCCACUUAAAGAUAUUUAUGAAAUGUUAAAACCUCAAAUCUAUCAAUGUACAAGUAUAUCGAACAAAAAUUCAUUUACUUUCAAUAAAUCGU